GGGAGAUGGAUGAGUGGUGUUAAAGCAGAUGAGAAUGUAUUUGUAUUUAUAUCGCUGCUUCAGGUUCACCAGCCAGGCGAGCAAGCUUUUCCCUUUUAAAGACUCCUCCGAUGGUGUUUCUCUCUAAAUAUUUAGCUUUCUAAAGUCUGGGUCUGAGCACCCUGCUGUGCAUCAGCUUUGUGGGUAGGACUGGGUGCUAAGGGUGCAAACCUCUCAGGCCGAGAACCAUCGCUAUUUACAUUUGCAGAGAGAGCUGUUUAUUCCUCCUAGGGUGGUGGAGUUCAUAAAAAAAAUAGCGCUAACAUCUGGGUUCUCUAGUUUAAAAGGCCUGUCUCUGAGGGGUUGCUGUGUGGAAGGACCAAGAGUCGCUCAGUCUGCGUGUGUGAUGGCGAAGCGGGUACAGUAGUCUGUUGUUAUUAUUUUGUCGGUUGUAUUGUGGUGACAGGAAGGGAAAGAAUGGAUCGUUAUUUGUUUUUUAAGGCCUCAUCUGCUCUCAAAACAAUGUGGGAGCGUAAUGCCUUAUUUCCGAGCUGAGGACGUGGGUUACUGUUGAGUUUGUCAAGGAGCUGCCUUGGGUUUUUAAUGUCUGUGACUUGCAGGGGUUGUCUUCAAAGGUAUUUGCUCAGAGUGGAAUACAAAUGUAGAGGGGGGAGAACUAGGGUGUAUCUUGGCAUUUUAUCAUAGUAGGAUGCUUCUGCUGUUUGGAAAGGGGGAAAUCACUGUGUUUGACAGCAUUUCUGUCGGGAUAAGUGUGUUUAAGUGGUUCCAGGCAGAUUCUGCAAGCAGGGGAAGCUUGCUGAAUCUGCUGGAAUUCAGCACCAGAGAGCUUCACAGGUGAAAGCUUUGGCACAUGGGAGCCAGAGGAAGGUCGAUAACCUUUCAGACCAUGUACUGCACCAGUUGUAGCACCAAGGCAACGAGAGUAAUCAUAAAAGCAGGGGGGGAAGGCAUUUAAUAUCCUGCAGAUGUGCUGGCUCUUGCUGGUUGUAUGAAUCAGGGUAUUACAUAAAUCAAAGAGUUAGUAAAGCAAUGUAUUGUUUUUAUAAAGCCAAGUGCAUGCCAGGUACGUUACAGAAGAGAAGAAAAGGUCCCUGCUUUGGAGAGCUUACGAUACAGAAUGAUAUAUUAUUGAUCAAACCUGCUUUGGGGCAGCUUUGCUAGCCCACGGGUCUGCUCAGGUGGUAAGAUCUGGGACAAAUGUUUGCAUGGAAUGCAAGGAAUGUCGGUAGAACAGGGCCAGGAGCUAAUUAACCUGGCAAUGUAGUGCAGGAUGUUCUCAUUGCAUACUUGGGGUUAGGUUUUAAUUUGGCAUUUUACUCUUUUGGUGUUUCUAAGGCUGCGGCUAGAAAUUUGACACUGAUGCUAAUAUAACAUCUGACAUUAACUGCUUGAGUUGGAUGCUCAGGCAGCUGCUGACCAAACAAAUCAGGGUUAUUUUUCAGCCGGAUAAUUUUCCUGGUCUGAUUCACUAUGUGACCACAUAAACAAAUGUGCAAGAGCAGAACAGGGAGUUGAUCUUGGGGGGAGAGGAGCAAUUGCUGAAGCUGGUAGCCCUGUUGAAAAGUGGGGUUUUUUUCUGAAACUACACCCUAGCGUUGCAGGAAAAAAAAGAUAUUAAAAAUGCCAUUGCUUGAGUUCUGAUUUGUAGGAGCCCAUUUGUCCUGUGAGAUCAGCCAGAAUGAGUUACAGCAGAGCAAAUCUAAGUUUAGGGUGCACGUUACGCAGCGCUUGUCAGCUUGUUCUCAAGUGAGCAAAACGGAUCCGUGCUUUUCAAAUGCAGGCUGUGCUGUGAGGUGUGUGGAGAGAAUACCUGUGUAAAUAGUUACGCCGUUCUUGCGGUGUAGUGACAAACUUCGUGGAGCAAGGUGGUGAAUUGGGUGAAGCAGCGCACAGGAUUCACGAGCUCGUUCCUGGUGUCAGGUGGUACUUGGAGCAAAAGGGGCCUGGUUUCCAUUUUCGGCUGUGAUCUGGGUGUAUUGGUUGUGUUUUUCGUGUUUUUACGUGAUGGUCCUCAGUCUGUGCUUCCAGGACGACGCAUUGCUAAACUGUGUCUCUCCAGAAAGAGUUUCAGUCGUCCCAGUUUAAUCCAGGUUAGAAUUUUCCCAGCUUGGAAACAAGAAGCAAAGCAAGACCUCACAGAUGCUCCCUUUCCCCCAGCAGAGUUUUUCCAAGGCUAAAUGUCUUGCUAACAAUGGGAUCCUCACGUUGACAGCUAUUAACUUGUCCGGCAAUUUCUUUGUGGCUAUUCUUCAGCCCAUCUGUUGCUCUUGGUAUGGUAAGGCUCUGCCUUUGUGGCAGACAGGGGGAGUGGAAGAGGAACACAUUUCUUUUUUUGGCAUCUUGAUGUUGGUUGCUCAUAGGGAUUUUUAAUCGGAGGCCAUGGAGCUGUCAGCCAACGAGCUCAGCAUUUAUGACAAGCUAUCAGAGACGAUUGAUCUAGUGAGGCAGACCGGCCACCAAUGUGGGAUGUCAGAAAAAGCCAUUGAGAAAUUCAUCAAGCAGCUCUUGGAAAGAAACGAACCCCAAAGGGGACCUCCACGGUACCCUAUCUUAGUGGCUCUCUACAAGGGCCUGCUCACGCUGGGAUUGGUCUUGCUGACUGUUUACUUCGUGAUCCAGCCGUACAGCCCACUGCCGCCUGAAGCUCCGCUCUCCAGAGCCCAUGCCUGGGGCUCCCUCAUCGGUCACAUCCGGCUGCUCUCUCUGCCCAUUGCCAAGAAGUACAUGCUCGAAAAAUGCCAGGACUGGUGGGCAGCAGGUUGCAGACAGAACACUUCUACGCUUCCCGCAAACUGCACGGUCUGUUCUGCUGUGAAAAGCCUUCAGAUAGUGACAGACUUUGGAGAACUAUCAGAAAAGCUCCAGAGGUCUCAGCCUUUUCUAAUCAAGACAGGGCAGCAUCUCUCCUAUGAAGAACUGAAGCAUUUUCAGUCCCAGGAUCCAGAACUGGCCAAAGUUAUAAUAGAAGAAAAUUCAGCUGAAUUGUGGAGCUGCCCAUUUUUCUUUCCCUGGAACAAAUCUGUGAAUAAAACUCGGAUUCUGCAGGAAUUUUUCCCCACUUCCUCUUUGCUGUCCUUCCCCAAGACAGUGUCCCUGGAGAGCUGCUUCCUCAUCCGCCAUCCAGAUUUGGGGAAUAAGAGUUACAGCUUGCACAACUUCUUCGCUGUUGGAAGUGGACAGCUCACCCUGACUGUCGUACCUCUGGACAAGUGCAGAGGACAUUGUGAGAUGUUCAAGGUGGAGCUGGAAGCUGGAGAUUUGGGUUAUGCCAGCGCAGAUUACUGGACUAUGAGCUUCAUGACCAAAGGAACAGAGCCGGCGGUUGUUUGUGACGGAGCAGCAAGCUAAGGACAGUGGGGUGGGAAAAAAGAGCUGUUUCCAGGACAAGGAGACUUUCAGCUUUGAAGCCAAGGCAACGUCUUGAAAGCGAUAGAGCUGGGGCAACUGGGGCAGGCAGCUUUGCCACCCUGCAUGUUUACAGUGUUUAAAAAUGACUGUUUUCCUGACCCUUGAGGUAAUUCUUUGCCUUUCCUCAAAUGUAUUUUGGGAGAAGCGCAAGCUAUUUAUGACCUUCCCUGUCCCCUCAGGUAAGCCCUGGGUUUGCAGCAAAGGGUUUUUUCUAGAAGCAACAGAGGGAUUUCUCAGGAUGAGAUUCACCUUGUGUCCUUUAUGGAUUAUGGCACUUCUGAAACUUCCUGGGGGUUUGGGAGUGGAGGGGGUGUGUGACAUUUCUGUGUACAUUCCUCCCGCGGAGGAAGCUUUGAGCCUGUCUUGUCAGGCCAGCUCUAUAAAGGGAAUGAAUUGGUGAUGUGUCCCAACUCCACCCCAUCUCUCCAUCACGUACAUAGCUGUGUGCCUCAGUGGUGUGCCCCGCAAGGCCGAUCUCGGCUCCGUGCUCCAGGGCUGAGAUGAGCCUUGCAGCCUAAGGACAGAGACCCUCACCCACUGCGUCAUUCUUGUACCAAAAGAAUCUGUUCAGGCCUCUUCUUUGUGUCUUGUGAUCACUCUUCUGCAGUUCUCUAUCAGCAGGUUGUGAGUGAGUCAAUAGUAACUGUGCUUUUUUUUUCCCCCCACCUCCUUUCCUACAAAAAUACUGGUGCAAGUUUUAGUGCUGAUAGUGCUGAGAGUGCAGUAGUUCUGGACAGACAUGGGGCUAAGUGCAGAGCAGCUCUGUACAAGUUUCAUCUUCUCAUUGGGCACCUAAGACACCAGGGCUGCAUGAUAGUUUUCAUAUUUUCCUUGCUUUGAGAGGUGCUGCCUGCAUUCCUGGCCCAGGGUACCUAUGGAAGCACCUGAAAGCUUCCUCAUCCCUGGCAUUUUUUUUGCAUCAACUCCUUCCAGACCUGGAACUCUCUCUUCAGAAGGAACGUUGGUUUUUCCUGAGUCCUUUCCAAGCUGCCUUCACAUGCUUCCUGUUGCUUGAGCACUGCUUUAUCCAAUGCCGUGAGAGAAACUUGGUUUCAGUGUUUGCAGGCUGCGGGUGCUGUGGUCCCUUCCAAGUCUGAUCCUUUGGGUCUGAUCCUGCUGUUGAAGAUCACUUACAGAUGUGUCGGGCUGAACUCAUAGGCCGGGGCUGGGGUUCAGGACAUACUCUCACAGUUGUUAAUAUGGAAUUGGGAGGGGUUUUGUUUGAAAGCAAGUUAACUCUGUUCUUGGGAGUGAGAACCUUUUCCUCUGUAAAUGUUUUAGGUAAUGUGUAGAAUGACAGAUUGGAAAAAUGUCUGUCCAGCCUUUGUUUUUGAGCAAGACCAGGAGAACGGGAGCAAACGUCGUACUAAUCUUGUAAGGGUCUGACAAAAGCUGCCAAGUGGGAUGACCACGUCUGGCUCCUGUACAAGGAUAAGGCAGAGGACAGUUCCUGCUCCAAAGAAUUUAGUCUGAGGCCUUGACGCUACAAACGUUUCUAUGCAUAACCCUUGUUUUUCUCCUGUACAUGAGUAAGAACAACCCCAGCACCUGUGUCAGUCUGCGUGCAUGGCCCUCGACACUGGACCAACCUGCGCCAGACAUAGAACCAAAGGGGGAGAGCCUGACUCAGGACAGAAAAGGACUAAUUUAAUUUGUAGCAAAAUAUUAAAGGGAAUUGGAUUAAUAAGACUUCUGUUAGUAUUGUUAAUGCUUGGGAUGUGUUUUACACUUGUGACACUACAUGCACUCUUGUACGUGCCAAGACACACGCACACCACCCCUCUCCCUCCUCUUAAAGCCUGGGUCUUAGUUCAUGGAAAUUCGGGAGUUUGGUGACGGCAGAAUUAGGGCCUCGGUAGUGACUGUUGCUAUUUACACUUUGGCAGCUUCUCAAGUCAAAUUCAAAGGCUGACAAGGUUACUUCACCUCUUACUGGUUUUGUACCUGAUCCAUUUCUGUGGAGCAUUUGGUUAGAGAUGCCUACGGAGAGAACCUGCUGGACCCAUUACUGCUGAGAUUGCGGGUGGUUUGGUGAUGCUGUUACUUCUAAGUGGCCUUGAACGUAACUUGUAAAAGAGCUGCGGAGACAAUUCUCAAGUGUCUGUGAAAUGCCUGUAUUUUGUGAGUCGCACUUAAGCCGUGGUGGCUGUCUGGCUCCUUUGGGAAGAAGCAGAGAAAAUAGAUCUGUUUACAGUCGCUGUGCAGAUUUGGGGGGAAAGGGGCAGCUCUAGCGCAGGUUUGUGCCUAUUUAGCAAAAGCACUCUUGCAUAUUGCUUCUCCCCUCUGCAAAGAGUUGCAGCUGGUUGGACAGAAGAUGGUGAAUCUGGACUGUUUGCAGAUCAGCUUUCCAAGUGCACUUUAUGGUCUCUGCAUAAGUUUCCAGAUCUCUGUCUAGGCGAUACAUUGCAUAUGUCCCAACCUUGCUCCCUUUGGAGUUUACAUCAUUUGUUUUUAAACUUCCAAUAUAUUUUCUCUUCCUCUUCCAAAAGCUGUAAGAAAUUAGCUGCUAAACUAAAACAGGAGGGCAAUUCUGCUGCUGAUAAAGAGCCGAUUUUUGGCCCUAGCCGCUGUUGAGUGCGGAGCCCCAGUCUGUAGCACGGAUCCUAGAGCAGCUCCUGUCUUCCGCUGCCAGAGAAGUAGUGCUAAUGCCUUUCGCAUCGCAACGCGGGCGAGGAGCCGGGAUGGAAAACUAAGAGGUGAGGCCAAAGUGGCAAAAGUAGGAUGGCCAAAAGGCGGUGUUGACACCUUGGCCAAAUGGCUGCAAGUGAGCCCUGGUCAUCUUCCUCAUCCAGGGCUCCGGCUUCAUGGAGCCUUUCCAAAAGCUGCCAGAGGCUGUGACUUCCCUAGAGAGCGCAGCAGCUCCUAGCAAUCUGCUGAGGCUGAACUGGGGAGAAUGUGGCUAUUUUCUCAGCUAUUGUGGCAUCGCAGCGACAGACGUGAUCAGAUGAAUCACAGAGGGUGUGUGUCCCAUCGUGGUCUCGCUCGCCUCUAGCUUCACUUUGGCACUUGUGCGUAUCCCAGCGUAUGUGCUGGUUUGGACAAUCCCCCACUCCCUGCCUGGGCCAGCUCAGAGGGGUGCCCAGUCAAUGCAUGUGUCCCGUUUUUUUUU